AUGCUUGCGGAGCAGCUGGCCCUGAUGGAGAAGAAUGGGGACUUCAUGAAGCUUUCAGAGCAGUCGCAGUAUGACAUGCAAGUGACCAGUGCUUGGUGCCGGCACCUUGGUCGUGGCAUAGUCCCGCAUGGCCCUCUCCUGGGCUGGGCGCGCCUCAUGGGGCACGAGCUGUAUUACCACAUCUUUUCGCAGGACCAACCGCCGUUCCUCAUGGCAAAGGUUCCUGGCCUCACCUACCAAGAGUACCCCUUCUUUGGGCACACCAAGGACAUUGUGGAUGGUGUCAAGGACCUGCUGAUGCAGGCUGGGCUUUGGCGUGCUCCCACGCUCCGCAUCCCGGUUGGCAUGAGCAUUCCCUCGCAGUCGCUGGUGCAGAUGAACACGCAGAUUCUCAACACACUCUUCCCUGACAAGCAGGGCUUGCCGAUUCUCCCGGACAACGUGGAUCUCCGAGUCCUGAGUCCUGAGGUCCAGCGCCACUCUCCCUUCAGGGUGAUCUCUGGACAGCCGCCAGCCGGGGGGGACUCGAUGUUCUUUGACGAUUCCACCAAUAGGUCCUGGUACUUGCAGGGGAAGAGCCACUAUGCCUACUGCAUGUCACUUGGCCGCGUCUUGACCCGGAAGCCGGGCGGUGGCCAGAUUGUCCUGGACUGGGUCCGCAGAGCUGACGUGCCGGGGCACAAGCAUUUUCAGGUCAUUUCGGUUAUGCCAGCCGACGCCCCUGAUCUGCAUGGGAUCGGGCGCUUCCGAUACCACCGCGGGCUCUAUUGCGAGGAGGGUGGGGCUGCGAAGGCGCUGUACCUGGAACUGGUGGACAGGGAGCUCAUCCGCGGCAAGGAGCCGCAUCACGACGACCGAGCCCUGACCUUGGGCAGGCGACUGGGGAGUUGGGCCCAGGCUAGGUAG